AUACAAUUGUGGGGAUGAGAAUUGUUACAAAGAUUUAGCAAGGUUAAGGUAAGUUCCAGAGACAAAAAUAUUAUGUCAUGGGUCCAGUUUCAUAUCUUGAAAAAAAUAUUGGUGUAGGUCGGAAAAUAAUUAUUUUUUGCUAAUAAUUGUUGUGAUAUUUUUUAAUAGAGGAUUGAAUUACUACACUUGGGAAAAUGAAGAAAAGUUGGUUGAAAGAACGGAGGUAAAACAUCCCAAGCUAUUUUAAAUGAAAAAAUGGAUGAAGUAUAAUGGAUGGUUCUAGCUACUGUAUAGACUAAAUUCUUAUCUAUAUACAGAUAGGUAAGACUGAGAACGACAUCCAACACCACAGCGAAAAAGAGCCUCUUAGAAUGAGUAAAACUGCAACGAUUGCAUGGUUGCUAAUGCUGUAAAAUGAAGAAAUAUAGCCCUGUGAGGUUCGCAAAUUUUAUAUAUAGCCUAUAGGCUACAUGUACACACGGUAAAAAUAAGGUUAUUCCCGCGCCUUGAUGCAAAUACAUCCAAAAUUAGCGAACUUCACAGGGCUAUAUUUUCCUCAUUUUACAACAUUUCGCAACCAAAUUUUACUCAUUUUAAGAUGCUCUUUCCAGCUAUGGUAAUGGGUUUCGUUCUUCUUGCCAAGAUCAAAUUUUAGUCUAUAUAGCUGGAAUCAUUCAGUCACCUUAAUUGCUGCCGUUAUGAGGACGAAGAAAACUAAAUUGUAAAUCAUCCGUUUGUGUUCUUCUAGAAUAAACACGACAAGUAUGGAGAUAAUCUAAAGUUUAGAAAUUUUGCGUUUGAUGUUAAAGAAUUCAUGAGGAUUGUUUCCAACAUGGUGGAACAAGUGAAGAAAAACAUACGAGAAUAUAAAGCUUGA